AUGGCUGGUGUCGAGAUCGACCUCUAUGAGGUCCUGGAGGUGUCUCGAAGCGCAACGAAAGACGAGAUCCGGAAGGCUUAUCGCAAGGCCGCCCUCGCAAAUCACCCCGAUAAGGUCCCCGAGGCCGAACGAGAAGCCGCCGAGGUACGAUUCAAAGCCGUCCAAGAAGCCUACGAUAUCCUUUACGAUGAAGAUAAAAGACACCUUUAUGAUACCCAUGGCAUGUCUGCUUUCAAUGGCUCCGGCGAGCCCGGCAUGGCAGGAGGGCCGGAUCUGGACGACAUUCUGGCGCAGAUGUUCGGGAUGGGUGGUGGGAUGCCCGGCAUGGGCGGCAUGCCUGGCGGACGGCCUCCCAAGCCUCGACGGAGCCCGGACGAGAACACAAAGUACGAGGUGCGGUUAGAGGACCUCUACAAGGGCAAAACGGUCAAGUUUGCUAGCACGAAGAAUGUCAUCUGCAGUCUGUGUCAGGGUAAAGGUGGCAAGGAAAGAGCGACGGCGAAGAAGUGCUCGACGUGUGAUGGACAAGGUUUCAAGCAAAUCUUGACGCGGAUGGGACAGUUCCUUACGCCAUCAACGGUGACCUGUUCGACCUGCAAUGGCCAGGGAGAAUUCUUCAGCCCCAAGGACAAAUGCAAGAAGUGCAAAGGCAACAAGACCGUGGAGGAGAAGAAAAUGCUGGAGAUCUAUAUUCCCCGGGGAGCAAAAGAAGGAGAUAAAAUCGUCCUGGAAGGCGAGGCGGAUCAGUCACCGGGCCAAGAACCUGGCGACAUAGUGUUCCACAUUGUGGAAGAGGAGCACCCGACCUUCCGACGAGCUGGGGCAGAUCUCACAGCCACCAUCGACGUCACAUUGGCCGAAGCGCUGACCGGUUUCUCGCGCGUGGUCGUCAAACAUCUCGACGGCCGAGGCAUCGAAAUCACUCAUCCCAAGACUCCUGGGGAGGUAUUAUCACCCGGCCAGGUUCUGAAGGUGCCGGGAGAAGGCAUGCCGAUCAAGCGCAGCGACGCCCGGGGCGACCUGUACCUGGUUGUCAACAUCAAGUUCCCCGAUUCCACGUGGAAGCCCAGCGCAGCCGUUUUGGAAAGACUCCGGGAGAUGCUGCCUAAGCCGGAUCCCUUGAUCCAGGCCGACACGGUCGACGAAGUCGAAUACGACCCGAAAGGAAAUCUAGAUGACUUUGGAGCCCGCGAUCAACACGGCUCCGCGUGGGAAGACGAGGACGAGGACGGAGAACCAGCGCAGUGUGCGCCUCAGUAG